GUCACUAUCCGGUUUCUACGACACAGGAGGGCGCGAGAUAGAAAUCCAGGAGCGCGGAGAACUCUGGCGCUCCGCUCCAGCUGGUAACAGGCUCUAACCAUUCAAAACAGCAACAAACGCGCCUCCGUCAACACUGCUCACCGGUUUUAGAAGAGACCAAACUCGCGGAAUACAAAGACGUGCAACUGCGAAUAUACGUGCACAUGACGUGCAGCGGCAACGGGACACAUCACCGUCGCACCGUAAACAACAGAAACCGAGGGAAAUGUCUUGGUGGCCGCGCGGUGAGGACGGGGAGGAGGCCGUGGUCCAGGACACCGAUUCUGAUGUGGCAGAGCAGAGGGACGGUGGCAGAGCUAAGGUGAAAUGGACACAAGAGGAGGAUGACAAACUCAAGGCUCUGGUCCAGAAACUGGGACAAAAUGAUUGGAAACAUAUCGCCAGCUACCUCCCAAAUCACUCUGAACAUCAGUGUCAGCACCGCUGGCUAAAGGUGUUGGAUCCGGAAUUGGUUAAGGGUCCUUGGACCAAAGAGGAGGACGAGAAGGUUAUUGAGCUUGUAAAUCUCUACGGCAACAAGCAGUGGGCUAUGGUUGCCAAGCAUCUGAAAGGUAGACUGGGGAAGCAGUGCAGAGAGCGCUGGCACAACCACCUCAAUCCCGACGUGAAGAAGUCGUCGUGGACCGCCGAGGAGGACCUCGUCAUCUACAAGGCUCACUGCCUGCUCGGAAACCGCUGGGCUGAGAUUGCCAAGCUGCUGCCGGGAAGAACGGACAAUGCAGUAAAGAAUCACUGGAAUUCCACCAUCAAACGCAAGUUGGAGAUGGGCUUCUAUGCCGGAGAGGUGUUCAAGCCAGAUGAACUUGAACAGCUGUUGGCCCGUGUGAAUAAAGACGUACAGAUGCCUGGUUGCUUUCAGGAUGGUGCAGACCAUGACACAGAGCAGAAAACACAUCCUUCAGAGAGACAAGUCUCAGCCUCUGAUGAAGCCAGUCCCGGCGAAGCAGGGCCAUCAGAGGUUGUCCUCUCUCCAAAGGACGGCUCCAGUAGUAAGACUGAAGCAGACACCCCAGGAGAGAUGACCAGUACCAGCUGGGUGGUGGACAGCUCCGGCUUCCUCUCGCCUACAGGCCCAGGCCUGAAGGAAGUGCUGGACAUGGUGGACGGAGACAUUGAUGGCUGGUGCAACCUAGCAGCCUUUGACCUGCCCGAGGAGAGUCCGAGUCCGGAGCGCCACCAGUUUCGUCUUGAGGGCAGUGCCUUGCAGGAGUUGAGCAAAGGCAGCAAGGGGGAACUCAUCCCCAUCUCCCCCGGAGGGGUGACACCACCGUCCAUACUGACCCACCGAAGCCGGAGGCGCAUCGCUUUGUCUCCUGAUGCCAAUAACUCAAUGACCCCCAAGAGCACUCCCGUUAAAAUCCUGCCCUUUUCUCCAUCUCAAUUCCUCAACAUGUGGACCAAACAGGAUACUCACGACCUGGAGAACCCAUCCCUCACGUCCACGCCCGUGUGCAGCCAGAAAGCCAUUGUUACUACACCGCUGCAGCGAGACAAGACCCCCCUCACUCAGAAGGAGAACUCUGCAUUUGUUACACCCAACCACAAGUCCGACCUCUGUACGACCCCACGAACUCCAACGCCAUUCAAAAAUGCCAUGGAGAAGUACGGCCCUCUACAGCCUCUGCCGCAGACUCCAAACCUCGAAGACGACAUCAACGAGGUCAUCCUCCGAGAUGCUGGAAUUGACUUGGCUGUUGUACGAUCAACUCCACCUGAGCAAAGACGCAAAACAUUGCAUCGCCCGCCUAUGAAGAAAGUGCGGAAGUCGUUGGCCCUAGAUGUCAUGGACUGCCAGGUGAUCAAGCGCAAAUCCUUCAAGACUGAACCCAAACACAGCGUCAAGGAAGAAGCUGAGAUAGUUACUCUGAACUCCUCAUCAUUCUGCAGUAAGCGGCAUGAAAACAUUUUGGAUCAGGGCUUCCUUUUGGGACCGAGCGAUAGUGCCAUAUUUCCCAGCACAUUGGCUCCAGUUCCUAUGUCAAAAGAAUGGGAGAAGGUUGUUUGUGGACAAACUAAAGACCAGCUCAUAAUGACAGAGAAAGCCCGACGCUACCUUCGCUCACUAAAAUCCCAUGCACCCAAUCGGGCUCUGAUUCUGUCCUGAGACGUCUCUCAUCUUUCCAACGUGUUACACAUAUGCAACACAAUAUUGCUGUUGCUGUGUGUGCCUACCAUUUUUUUAAUGUUGGAGAAAAAGCACAUAUUGUGUGGAGCUUUAGUACAGUUUUUGAAUAAGUCUUUAGCAAUCAAAGCCUUUACAGUAUGUAGCUCGAUCAAUAUUUCAUGAGAACGGUGCUUUUAGAUUUAGUCCCAUUUCAGUGGCCUUGUACAAGGCUUGAAGUCAGGAAUCAUAUUUCAUUUUAUUGUCACUAGAACGUGUUUGACAAAAACAAUGAAUGUAAAAAAGAAAAAUCUGAAAAGACAUGGUUUUACAUUGCAUAAUGCGUCUGUAAUUUAACAGUGUUUUAAAAAUUGUGAAGAGUGCAAACACUCAGGAACUUCCAUGUCUAGAUUUGUUCUAUAACAUACUGUUGUUUUGAUUGUGGAGUUGAUUCAGACAGGUUGAUUCCACAAUCCUGUAUUGUUCUGAUCUAAUCUGUUUAGCGUGUGUAUAGAUUUAUGAUAUACAUUAUAAGUACACAUUAAAAGUCAGGACAUCAUGUGGGGAAAUUUUAACAUCAUCUGAACAUUUGUGUGACUGGAGAACACAUCAGCACGCAAAGGUGAUGCUCUACUUCCUUAGAUCCAGCAUUUAUGCAAUAUUCAGUUAAUUGAGAUAUAAUGGGGGCAUGUGAGCUGUGCUGACCUUUGGUGGCAAUGGAAUUGUUAUAUGGCACUGUUUGUAAAUAUUAAGUGUUGUAUGUUUUUGGUUCAUACAACAUUUUGUCAAAUGUUAUUAAAUAGAAAAAUUAUUUCCA